CACCAAUUUUCUAAUCAUUGGUUUACGAGCAGCGACAACAUGAAGUUCUCGGCAUUGUCUCUGUUGUGUCUAGUAGCGGCUGCCUGUGCGAGGCAUAUCACCCUCGAAGAUGUCAUCGAUUUAGAAAAGAACACUGCUUAUGGAUACAUCAGCAAAAUCGGAAUUCCGUUAGCUGAGAAAGUACGUAAAGCUGAGGAGGAAGCUCACCGUAAUCCCAGUAGGAUCAUUGGCGGUUCUCACGCUAUUCUCGGACAAUUCCCGUACCAGGUUGGUCUUCUCACUGAGCUGCCGACGGGUACUUCGUUGUCCAGUGCAGUUCUAGUGUCUCCAACAAGGGUACUUACAGCGGCUCACAACUUGAACGAUGGCAUAGUGUUCGUGACAAGAAUCAAUGUCGUGCUUGGCUCAAUCACUAUAUUCACUGGUGGCACUAGACUAGUCUCAUCUGAUUUCAUUUUACACGAAAAUUGGACACCUUCUAUCAUCAGAAACGAUGUAGCUAUGAUCAACUUACCGUCUGCAGUCAGUAUUUCUAAUAUCCUCGCUCCAAUCGCUUUACCUUCUGGUAAUCAACUCAAUGAAGAUUUCGCUGGAGACAUAGCGAUUGCAUCUGGCUACGGACUUACUUCAGACUUUGGCGGUAUCCCUGCUAAUCAACAGUUGAGCUUUGUGGACUUGCCUGUGAUGACCAACGCUGAGUGUGCUGCUGUCUGGCCCACUAUCAUCCACGAAUCUAACGUAUGCACUAGCGGCGUUGGAAACAAGAAUAUCUGCACCGGUGACUCCGGUGGCCCUCUGGCCGUGGUCAGGAACAAUAGCCCACUCUUAAUCGGUAUCACUUCAUUCGGAGCAUUCAGUUGUGAGAGCAGUAUGCCCGCUGGUUUUGCCAGAGUCACCUACUAUAUGGACUGGAUCAACAACCAUCUCUAAAAUAAACGCCUAUGGUUAAACAAAUAAACAGUUUAAAUAUAAUAUA